CUUCCGACCAUCAAAAACUCACCGCCAGACUUCUUGCUCUUUAUCCCACUACUAUCCUUCAACGUGGUUGUCAAAAAUGGCAAAGUCGGAUCUGAAACGUAAAAAGAGGGAGGCCGCAGAUGAGGUUGCAUCCGAAGCUGCCAACGGCGUGGUUUCUCCCGAAUCUGAAGUUCGUGAGAACAAAAGAGUGAAGGAAUCCUCAGAGGAGGUGUCUGAGGAGGAAACUAAGGUUUCCGCAGCUGAGAAAGAAAAGGAGUCUAGUGAGGGACAUGAACAAGUUCCCGACCGUCCUGAGGUUGUUGUUUCCGCAAAGGAGAACCCAGAGUUGUUCACGGAUUUGCCUCUUUCGGAAAAAACUUUAAAUGCAAUCAAGGACAUCGGUUAUGAAAAGAUGACUGAGGUUCAGGCAAGAACUAUCCCCCCUCUGCUUGCUGGACGUGAUGUCUUGGGUGCUGCUAAAACUGGCAGUGGAAAAACGUUGGCUUUCCUGAUCCCUGCCAUUGAGACACUUUAUUCCCUUAAAUUCAAGCCUCGUAACGGUACAGGUGUUAUCAUCGUUUCUCCUACUCGUGAACUGGCUCUGCAAAUCUUUGGUGUUGCCAAGGAACUGCUGAAGUAUCAUCACCAAACUUUUGGUAUUGUCAUCGGUGGUGCUAAUCGUCGCGCUGAAGCCGAUAAGCUUGUCAAGGGUGUGAAUUUGCUUGUUGCCACUCCCGGUCGUUUGCUUGAUCAUCUCCAAAAUACCAAGGGUUUCGUGUUCCGUAACUUGCGUUCAUUGAUUAUUGAUGAGGCUGAUCGUAUUUUGGAAAUUGGUUUCGAAGACGAAAUGCGUCAAAUUGCCAAGGUUCUUCCUUCUGAAAACAGACAAACCAUGCUGUUCUCUGCUACCCAGACUACCAAGGUCGAGGAUCUUGCUCGGAUAUCCUUGAGACCUGGACCUUUGUAUAUCAACGUUGAUGCCGGUAAGGAUACAUCGACCGCUGACGGUUUGGAACAGGGUUAUGUUGUUGUCGAGUCCGACAAACGCUUUUUGCUUCUGUUCUCUUUCUUGAAGCGUAAUCUGAAAAAGAAGGUCAUUGUCUUCAUGUCUUCUUGUGCUUCUGUUAAGUACAUGGCUGAACUUCUUAAUUACAUUGAUCUUCCUGUGCUCGACUUACAUGGAAAGCAAAAACAACAACGCCGUACCAACACUUUCUUUGAGUUCUGUAACGCAGAGAAGGGUAUCAUGUUGUGUACAGAUGUCGCUGCUCGUGGUUUGGAUAUCCCUGCCGUCGACUGGAUCGUUCAGUACGAUCCCCCUGAUGAUCCCCGUGACUACAUUCAUCGUGUUGGUCGUACUGCUCGCGGUGCUAAGGGCAAGGGUCGUUCUCUUAUUUUCCUCACUCCAUCAGAGCUUGGUUUCCUUCGCUAUUUGAAGGCAGCCAAGGUACCUCUGAACGAGUACGAGUUUCCUUCCAACAAGGUUGCUAAUGUUCAAUCGCAAUUAGAGAAGCUUGUUUCUAAGAACUACUAUCUGCAACAAUCCGCUAAGGAUGGCUAUCGUUCUUAUUUGCAGGCUUAUGCCUCGUAUUCGCUCAAAUCUAUCUUUGACAUUAACAAGCUUGACUUGACGAAGGUUGCCAAGUCUUUCGGUUUUGCUACCCCACCUAGCGUCAAUAUCACCAUUGGCGCCAGCGGUCGUGCUGACAAAAAGGAACGAAAGGCGGGUUACAGAAAGAAAUCUUCUUCGGAUGUGUACUCAAAGCAGCGCUCGUCAGUACUUGCUGGGGACUCCUCCCGUAAGUGGAGCCGCUAGUUUACGAAGGUUUUGUCUAUGGUUAAAAAAAAUGUGGGUAUAACUCGGUGAUUUUGAAGUCAUUCUUACUGUUAAUAAAAGGUUGUUUCUGUUUUGGCUCAAAAUAGCUAUGGAAUUUGAUUGUGCGUGGUGAAUUUGGUAGUGAACUUUAUUGUCCCCGUUGUCUUAGUAUUGCCAACGAU